GAAAAUUCAUGGAGGUAUCGUCGACGGACACAUCCAUGAGUGUGAUUAUAUGGCUGCGGAGGUUGGAUUACCAGCGGAGAAGUUUACUCGUAAACCCGUCUAUCAGCCUAGAAUCAAGAAGUAGAGACACGUUUGAUGUUAUGCCGCCUUUUGUCGCAUUUAUGCCCUCUAAAAAAAUAAGCUUGUUCUGGCUAUAUUUUGCUUUAGGUCAACUUUUUUUCAUCACACCGACCUUAAUUCAAUAUGGAGCAAACGCCGUCUUCCACAAAACCAAAGCGAGCCAAUGAGGACAGUGACGAUCAAACUGAAACGCCCCAUCCUAAACGACAAGCUACCGACACAACCAUGCCCAACGCCUUAACAAUCGACCCUGGUGCUACCAUCUGGAAAUCCAUAACAUUGGAUGCGUUUGAUGUAAAAGCAUUGUACAAGUACAUUCGAUCCAAAGGUUCGCUUGACAUUGCCAACAAUGAAGGUUAUGGUCUUUUAUACCUCGCAGCACGGAAUCAAAGCAUGGAGGCACUACGGAUAUUGUUAUUGCAACCCACGAUAGAUGUCAACCAGACACACGGACCCGAUCGCGAGUUGGCACUCCAUGCUGCGGCUGCAGCUGGCCAGGUCGACGCGACCGAAAUAUUAUUGGAACACGAGUCGGAUAUCAAUGCACGCGAUGCGCUCGGACACACACCAUUAACAAACAGUCUAUUCUCUCGAUCACUCGAGUGUCUCCAACUUUUGCUGGAAGCAGGCGCCUCCUUGGAGAUCGAUGACCCUAAAGGAUCCACGUUGCUCCAUUUCGCAGCUAUCAAUAAUUUCGCCAAAGGUGUCCAAGAAUUGUUGAAGCAUGGUGCUCAAGUAGAUGCAAAGAAUGAUCGACAGUUAUCUGCGCUGGCUGUAGCGAUUGGUAUGGGCCAUACAGAAGUGAUGCAGAGUCUGAUCGUCGACGGCAAGGCGGAUAUGAAUGACAAGACUCGGUUCGGCACGGUACUGCACCAUGCAGUGCUCUGGAACCGGAUCGAUGCCGUACAUGCGCUCAUCAACCAUGGGUGUAACGUGAAUGUCGUGAAUGUUAUGGAGGAAACGCCAUUGUUGGUUGCUGUGCAACAACGCAAAAUUGAUAUGGUGCGGUAUUUGAUCCAAAACGGCGCAGAUCCAUGCUAUCCCGAAACCGAGCCCGGACUCAACGUGCCCCUACUGUAUGCGGCCAACCAUGGCUAUACCGAAAUGUGUGGAUUAUUGAUCACCGACGCGACCAUGGAUUAUGUCAUCCAGCAGGCGAUAGCAAUGAGCGAGCGGGCCUCGCAGGCAAACACGGCACAAUUUCUUCAGGGCAAGUUAAACGAGCGUGCAGAGAAGGAAAAAGCAGACGAGUCGAUUGCACCUUCUUCGUCAGAGAUAUUGGGCGAAUCGGAUUUCAAUGCCCUCAUUAAUACAUUUAGCGACGACGAAGAUCAAAACAAUACUUCAUGAUCCACCACUCUUCUCUCCACACUUUUC